AAAGGGCCAUCGUGAUCCUGUGUGUGCGUUGUUGGGUUUGGGCGCUGCGGUUGAACUCUUCUCCUCCGAAACUGAACCGAAAACUGCUUUAAAAUCAGCGUUAAACCUCCGGCGGACUCGGCACCGUCUGUUCAUCUCCUCUCCCCCCGAAGAGCGUUAUGGCGACCGGCUCGGCGGGACCUCAGAGCGUCGGAGAUGUGGAGGAGGACGCGUCCCAGCUGCUCUUCCCCAAAGAAUUUGAAAAUGCAGAGACGCUCCUGAACUCGGAGGUGCACAUGCUGCUGGAGCACCGCAAGCAGCAGAACGAGAGUGCGGAGGACGAGCAGGAGCUCUCAGAGGUCUUCAUGAAAACGCUGAACUACACGGCACGCUUCAGCCGCUUCAAGAACCGUGAGACCAUCGCCAGUGUGCGCAGCUUACUCUUGCAAAAGAAACUACAUAAAUUUGAAUUGGCAAGUUUAGCCAAUCUGUGUCCAGAGGCUGCAGAAGAAGCAAAAGCACUCAUUCCAAGCUUGGAAGGCCGAUUUGAGGACGAGGAGUUGCAGCAGAUUCUGGAUGAUAUUCAGACGAAACGGAGCUUUCAGUACUGAGUCAUUCCUGUUUUUUGUUGUGCAGUCAAGGCCAUAACCCACAAAGUGCGUCAAGCCAUUAUUUUGUAUUGUUUCAUUAGAGACUGAGUGUUCUCCCUGAUCUCCAUUCAGAGGUCAUUUCUUUCCUAGUACUGGAUUCUACAUUCUUUGUUGCAGCAGUGUUGCAUAGCUAACAAAAUAAAUAUGUUUUCAUAGA